AUGUUUAUCGAGGAGAGUUUGUCGUUCGAGAACUUCUCAUCCUCGGGAUUGCGCGGCUGCACAAAUUAUUUCGACGUCCAGUAUGACGAUAGAGUCCUGCCCCAAAGCGAGUUGGAGGAAACUAUCCACGAGUUCCCCUACUCAGAGGAUACCCAACGCCGCUUCUCAAGUGAUAAUUUUACAUUAACCAAUGAACUGCAUGAUCAUACAGUAAUAGAUAAUGAUCAUACAGUAUUGGAACAUAGUGUUUUGGAUCAUAGUCUGUUACAUGACCAUAAUGUAUUAGAUCACAGUGUAUUGCUCGAUGCUGUGUUACAAGAUCAUAACGUAUUGGAUCACAACGUGUUGGAUCACAAUGUUAUGGAUCGUGACGUGCUAGAUCAUAAUGUGUUGGAUAAGGAAAAGCCCCUGAAUAAUGGUUUUGAGAUGACUUGCAGACAAUUGAAUAACAGACAAUCGAAUAGUAGGCAAGUGAAUAAUAGGCAAACUAAUAAUAGGCAGAUUAAUAGUAGACAACAGUUGACAAAGAGAAUGGAGUUGAAUAAUCGUCAAUUCAAUAAUGGAACUCAACUGACAAAUGGUCAAUUGAAUAAUGGUCAGCAAUUGAGUAGUAGGCAACAAUUGACAAAGAGACGCCAAUUACAAAAUGGACAUCAAUUACGCCCAAGAACUGACGUCCAGUUACGUAUUGGGAAGGAAUACUUCGAAGAUUUGUCGGAAUACUUGAAUUUGGAGGACGAAGUUCCUGAAGUUAAGAAGAACCCAGUUCCAGAACAGACGCAUAAAUGUAAUAUCGAUGAAGAUUCACUCAUUGAUAUAUUCAGGAAAAACGGCGCAAAGUGUGAAUCGAAGUCUGAGAUGGCUAAGAUCCUUGCAAAGGCCAAGAAGAAAUACUUUUGGACAGAUGGAUUCUGCUUACAACUUGGAUCCAAAGGCCGAAAAAUCAUGCUUCAGCUUUUGCGUAUGGCUUACAAGACCAACAAGAAAAACAAACGGGUAUUCCAGUGCAAAAACCCUCCUACCACGAUCUCUAAUUUACCUUUUUUCAAGAUCAACAUGCUCUGGGAACUUGCAUACGACAUGGGUGUAUUCGACGAAGCUCUUCUCAUCCACGAGUUUUUCGGUAACGUCAAACGUACCAACAAACCCAACUCCUCAAUCUAUGGUGAAUUCCAACUCGCUCUCAACAAUAAAAAACCAGAUCCAAUGAAAUAUCCACUCCCAAAUCCACAACUCAACAACAUACCACGAAAUGGAUAUGUGUAUGAUGGAUUUGGAGGAUUUAACGAUAGCUAUGGGGAUGCCUACGUUCAGGAUCAUAUCCCGCUUCCCUUUUCAAACUCGACUGAAUUUGUAGGAAGCGAUGGCGGGAUCACACCAGAAUCAAAUGAUCUGACAAACUUGAUUUCCAGAGACGAUUUCCUCUCAACGAUCAACGAGACUUACACUCGCUCACUCGGACUGAACACCAAUAACCAAUUCGUACAUGAUACCACACAAUUCGUGCAAAGAAUUGAUCCUUUGAAAGAACACUUCGGUUUGGGGGAGUCACAUUUAAAUUCAGUGCAUGAGUUCGUUAGUAAUAACGCGAUGGAGGAACAUCCAGUGAAGGUUGAGAAGAAGAGGUAUAGGAAUAGUCUGAAGCACGAAGCGAACAUUUCAACCUCGCCAAGCUCACUCUCAACAGAUGUCCCUUCAAUCACAGAGGACCCGGUCAACGACGACGAAAUUUACCUCCACCAAGCAUUCGAACAAUCUUUCCGGAACAACUAA